AUGCAAUCAGUUGCACACAUAGGAUGGAGUAAUCAAUCCUCCAUCAUGGAAUUCAUCCUCCUGGGAUUCGGGAACAUCUCUGAAAUGCAAGUGCCCCUCUUCCUGAUGUUUCUACUGGUUUACCUGGUGACCGUCUCUGGGAAUAUCCUCAUUGUUACGCUAGUUGUGGUUGAUCAGCACCUUCACACUCCCAUGUACUUUUUCCUGGGGAACUUGUCGUGCUUGGAGACCUGCUACAGCUCCACCAUCCUGCCCAGGUUGCUGACCAGCCUCUUGAGUGGGGACAGAACCAUUUCUAUCAGAGAUUGCUUCUCACAGUUUUAUUGCUUUGGUGUCUUAGGAGCAACAGAAUGCUUCCUGCUGGCAGUGAUGUCUUACGAUCGGUAUUUAGCAAUAUGCAAUCCACUCCGUUAUGCCGUUAUUAUGAAUGGCAGGGUUUGCACCCAGCUAGCAGCUUAUUCCUGGACAGCUGGCUUACUGAGCACCACCAUAGUAAUCAUUUUAAUGUCUAAGCUGCAGUUUUGUACCUCCAAUGAAAUCGACCAUUUCUUUUGUGAUUUUUCACCCAUAGUGAAACUCUCUUGUAAUGACACUGGACUUCUAGAACUGGUGAUUUUCACACAGUCUUCAAUUGCAUCACUGAUCCCAUUUUUGCUAACCCUCACGUCCUAUGCUUCCAUCAUAAGUACCAUCCUGAGAAUCCCUUCCACAACUGGAAGGCAAAAGGCAUUUUCUACUUGCUCCUCUCACCUUGUCAUCGUUACAACCUUUUAUGGGACUCUGUUCCUUGUUUAUGUGGUUCCAAAAACCUACCUUUCAAAGAGCUUGCGAAAAGUGUUUUCAGUGUUUUACACUGUCCUCACCCCCAUGCUCAACCCACUCAUCUACAGCCUGAGAAACAAAGAGGUGAAAGAAGCCCUCAGAAGAGCCCUUAGUAAAAUAUAUGGUUUCACAAGAUUUCCGUUCAUAACAUUUAAUGAGAUGGAUAUUAACCAGCCUCUUUAA